AUGAUGCUGCGGCGGCCCCACACCGGCGAACUCUACGCCGCCACUCUCCCGCCAAAUCUCGCCGGAAUGAAGCUCUCAGUAGUGGGUCUCAGAAGCAAAACCCUAUUCACAAAAGGUGCAAAUUUCAGCCAUUUCGUCAUCCCGCCGAAAACACUCCCCGUGCCUUACGCCAAGAGGCUCCUCAUAGUAUACCACAACCUCGGAAACUGGUCUUCAUUGUACUAUAAUAUAUCCGGUUACGCGAUGAUAACCCCCGUUGUGGGUUUUCUCGUUUACGACGCUUCGUAUUUGAAUAGCAGAAACCUGUCGAAUCUGGAAUUGAACACAAUGGGGAAGCCCAUUUCGGUUGAAUUCCAAGAUUCAAUUGCGUUAAAACAAAGCAAUCGGAUGGUUAAAUGUGCUUCUUUCGGGGAUUACAGGGAGGUUUUGAUUAGUGAGAUUAGUUCGAGUAAUGUGUGUUAUAGCAGAAAACGAGGCCAUUUUUCGUUAGUUGUUCCGUUGGAGAAGAGGGAGACGGAGAAGAAGAUGCGGCCGUUUUGGAUAAUGGGGUUUUCAGCCGGAUUCGUAGGGCUGAUGGUGGUGGAGUUGGGCGGCGCGGUGGCGGUUAGAUCGGUUUUCGGGAGGAGGAAUCAAGAAAUGGAGAGAGAAGCUGAUGAAGGGGAGUUUCUGGAAACAUGUUGGAUUUCUAGAAGCAAAAUGCCACGUGCCGAAGGGACCAGAACUCUGCCUGUUCUUGAAACUACAACUCUUCCUAAUAAUCCUAAGUUGUCUUUGUAUGCUUAA